AUGAAGUAUCCUAUGAUUAAGUCUCCUGUGAUUAAGUCUCCUAUGAUUAAGUCUCCUGUGAUUAACUCUCCUAUGAUGAAGUCUCCUGUGAUAAAGUCUCCUAUGAUGAAGUCUCUUAUGAUGAAGUCUCCUGUGAUUAAGUCUCCUGUGAUUAACUCUCCUAUGAUGAAGUCUCCUAUGAUGAAGUCUCCUAUGAUUAAGUCUCCUGUGAUUAGGUCUCCUAUGAUUAAGUCUCCUAUGAUUAAGUCUCCUAUGAUGAAGUCUCUUAUGAUGAAGUCUCCUGUGAUAAAGUCUCCUAUGAUGAAGUCUCUUAUGAUGAAGUCUCCUGUGAUUAAGUCUCCUGUGAUUAACUCUCCUAUGAUGAAGUCUCCUAUGAUGAAGUCUCCUAUGAUUAAGUCUCCUGUGAUUAGGUCUCCUAUGAUUAAGUCUCAUAUGAUUAAGUCUCCUAUGAUUAAGUCUCCUGUGAUGAAGUCUCCUAUGAUGAAGUCUCCUGUGAUUAAGUCUCCUGUGAUUAACUCUCCUAUGAUUAAGUCUCCUAUGAUGAAGUCUCAUGUGAUUAAGUCUCCUAUGAUUAAGUCUCCUGUGAUUAAGUCUCCUAUGAUGAAGUCUCCUGUGAUUAAGUCUCCUAUGAUGAAGUCUCAUGUGAUUAAGUCUCCUAUGAUUAAGUCUCCUGUGAUUAAGUCUCCUAUGAUUAAGUCUCCUAUGAUUAAGUCUCCUAUGAUGAAGUCUCCUGUGAUUAAGUCUCCUGUGAUUAACUCUCCUAUGAUUAAGUCUCCUAUGAUUAAGUAUCCUGUGAUUAAGUCUCCUAUGAUUAAGUCUCCUAUGAUUAAGUCUCCUGUGAUUAAGUCUCCUAUGAUUAAGUCUACUGUGAUGAAGUCUCCUAUGAUUAAGUCUCCUGUGAUGAAGUCUCCUAUGAUGAAGUCUCAUGUGAUUAAGUCUCCUAUGAUUAAGUCUCCUGUGAUUAAGACUCCUAUGAUUAAGUCUCCUAUGAUUAAGUCUCCUGUGAUGAAGUCUCCUGUGAUGAAGUCUCCUGUGAUAAAGUCUCCUGUGAUUAAGUCUCCUGUGAUGAUGUCUCCUGUGAUGAAGUCUCCUGUGAUGAAAUCACCUGUGAUGAAGUCUCCUAUGAUGAAGUCUCCUGUGAUUAAGUCUCCUGUGAUGAAGUCUCCUAUGAUUAAGUCUCCUAUGGAACGAAGACUCGGAGCAGUCAAAGUCUCAGCACUCACUGCUUUUACAACAGUCAGGACCAACAACAAUAACACAAUAAGCCUUUCAAGAACAUGCUAG